AUGGAGUUUCACGGUAUGAAGAGGAAGAAGCUACAGAGUCUCUGCAAGAAACAUGGAAUCCCCGCUAAUUUGAAGAAUAUCGAGAUGGCUAGCAGACUCGCUUCUCUUUUCCAGAAGGAGACUCAGAAAGCAGCUGAGGUGAUUGAUCUGGAAGAGAUUGAAGAUGAAGACGUUGAGAGACGGUUUAAACCACUUGUAGAGAUCUACAAUAGAGAAGAUUGCAGCAGAGCUCAGGAUGUUGCAAGACUUGGGGAAAACGUCAACGUGCCAUUGGUGGAUGAAAGAGUCAAGGCUCCAAGAAAGUCUAGGAAACUUGGAAAGAGUGUGAGUGAGCUCCUCCUCGUUGAUGAAACUAUUACCAGGAGGAAGAAGCAGGAAAGUGCAUCAAGUCUAGGCAAUAUAGCGCUGAGAAAGCUUUUGGUUGAGCACGCUCAGUUUGACCAAGAAGAAGAAGAAGGUGGCGUCGUCAAUGUGGUGGAAGCUAGUGGCUUUUACAAGAAUGGAGAAACCUGUCGAUAUUUCACCAAGAAGAAACACUCAAAAGUUGAACUUGGAACUUUUGGAAGGAGAGGUGAAGAGAAACAUGAGGAUGACACAGUUCUAAUGGCUGAGGUUAAGGACAAAGAGGAAGAAGCAUCAUCACUUCCUGUACCUCUUAUCCAUGAAGCAGAGAUAUUUGAAGAAACCACUCCACCUCCUACUUCAGUACACUUAUCAGUGAAAAACCCUGAAGCUGUGUCUACUGGUCAGAUCCUGGUUAAGGAUAUUGGUGAUGAAGAUAUCGAAGCCAAGGAGGAAAUCUUUGUUUCCAUUCCUGGAUCUGAGCUGAAGAAGCAUAACUUGGAAGCCAAGUUAGCAGAAGCAGAGGCUGCGUGUUGCAACGAGAUUCAUUCAAGCAAAGACGAGAUGAAAGUUUUAUCCCAGCCAGUAACAAUGAGCAAAGCUGCUUGUAGCAUCCUUGACGAAUCAGAGGUGUUCGUUACUCCGGAGGGAAGAAACUUAAUGUUGAUGGAACAAGAAAAUGGGAAGACGAGUGCAGCUGAUUCAGUGACCCAUCACGACGAUGAAGCAGCAGAGUCUCAUGCUGUUGUUUUCACAAUUCCUGAAAAGGUUUCAUUGGUGGCUGAUUCUGGUUUAGAUGAUGUGGGAAAGGAAGAGGAACAUACAGCCACAGAACCUGAUGUUCUCACUGAUGAAGCUAGAAAUGAAGGAGAGAGUGUAGCUGUUGAGCUUCAUGAGGAGUCUGACAUUGCCACUAGUCCACUGAGACAACUCUCCGGUGUGAGAGACAUUAAAGGAGAUGGAAUCGAAUGGAAGGAAGAAAAUGGGUUUGUUGAGCUCACUUGCAUUAGCCCGGAUAGUCAUGCACUCUUGGGAAAAUUUGAGUCAGAUGGAGCAGAGAAAAGUGGAGGAAACAAAGAUAAAGCUAGUGAAGGAAAAGCGGCUGCAGAGUUUCAUGACGAGUCUGCUGUUCCGGAAGAAGCUGCAAAAUGUGAAGGAAACAGAGUUGUGGAGUUGCAAGUUGACUGUGACGUUUUCACUAGCGCCGAGAAACAUCUACUGCUUGAAACAGCUGAAGGAGAUUCGAUUAAGGACAAAGAGGAAGCAUCAUCAUCACUGCCUGUAUUACUUACUGAGCGCUUAGAUGUUAGCAUCCAUGAAGCAGAGAUCUUUGAAGAAACCACUCCACCUCCUACUUCAGUACACUUCGCAGUGAGCAACCCUGAAGCCGUGUCUGCUGGUCAUAUCCUUGUUAAGGAGCAUAACUUGGUAGCCAAGUUAGCAGAAGCAGAGGCAAGCGUGGAAAUUUCAGCUGUAUGUUGCAACGAGAUUCAUGAGCCUGGUGAAUCUUCUUCCUCGGAAACCAAAGCUGCAGAAUCUGUUUUGAUUAUUGAGAAUGUUUUGGAAGGAGAAUGUGAAGAGAAACUUGAGCUAGGCACAGUUUUGUUUGAGGAGGAGAAAGAGCAAGUACCAUCACUUCUUCUCGAGCGCUUAUCACCAGCUUCAGUGAAAUUAGCCAUAACAAGUCCUGCAGCUGAGCUAGUCGUCCGUACUGGCCGUAUCCUUCUUAAGGAUAUUGCUUCAACAAUGAGUGUUGAGGAAGUAACCAAUACCCAGGACGAAACUCUUAUUUGCACUCCUAGAUCUGAGCUUAAGGAGCAUUACUCUGUAGCUAAGUUGGCUAAAGUAGAAGCAAACCUGGAAAAUUCAGCUGCAAGUUGUAACGAGAAUCAUUCAAGCAAAGAUGACGAGAAAGGUUCAUUAGAGAAUGUGUUUCAAGAAGAAAAACUACAAGGAAGCUUCUCUGAAUGCAGUGUAGAAGAACAAGCGGAUACAUGUAAGGUUGGUCGUAUCAGUCUUGAACAUUGUGUAGACUUGGAAACGAUGGAUGAGGUCUCUCCGAUGGAAGAAAACGUGUCAGACUGUGUCAAGGAAGGCGGAAGGAAGACUGUGUUGGCUGAGGUAAUGAAAGUGGAGGAGUCUCAUGAAUUGUCUGGUGUUCUCACUGCUUCUGAGAGCCACUCUCUUAUGAGAGUCUUUGAACCAGAGGAAGCUGAAAACAAGUACAAAGAGAACAAGGUUGUGGAAUUGCUGAGUGAAUCUAACAUUUCCAUUAACCUGGAGAAACAGUUAGUGUCUGUGGACUCUGGACUAGACGGAACAAUAAUGAUUAAAGAUCAUACAGGAGCCACUUCUUGUGAAGAGUCGUUUGGUUUUACUUCUCCAGAGAGAAACCAGCUUUCAGGAAACACUGAACCACAUACUGUUGGAAAGCAAGAGCAAAAGGAAGUGGACAGUCGUUUGCUUUUGGGAGAGUCUGGACAGGACCGACUUGGUCAUGGUAAGUCUGGCUCAAGCGAGUAUCAAAGCCAUCAUGGCUCUUCUGUUUCUAGAAAGACAUGCGUCUUAGGUGGAACGGAGGAUAAGCACCAAGGUGAUCAUUCUAAAGAAGAUGAAGCAACUGGUGCAAUUACUUUAACAACUCCCUUUGAGAAAGCCAUCUCUCUGACUCCUAAGGAAUUCACUACUGAGGAUAACACAAACGAGGAAGAUGCCACAAAGGCGACUGCAAAGCAAAGCAGAGGGCAUUCUCCACAUGUUUACUCUCUAAAUCUAUUUGAUUUUGACGCUGUGGGGACAAAGACAGCCACGGAAACUGAAAGAAAUGUUGGUCUUCCCUUGCCAGCUGAAGUUGAUUCCGAGACAAUUGGUGAAAUCUCAAGCCACCUUGAAGUUGCUGGAACCUGUUCCGUGGUGUCAGAAGAAUCUGCUCCUUUCACAGACAUUCAGAGUCAGAUAAAUGAUGAUGCAUUGGAGGAAAUGGAAAUAACAGGUGAUUACAACAUCUCUCUAUUCAAUACAUUCUCAAUUCUCACAGAGAAAGACAGCUCCCUGGAUCUCGAUGAAUCUACUCUUCAUAAUCACAAAGAUGAACAAGUGAAAGCCAUCACUCUCACUCCUGAUGAAAUUACAGUUCAAGAUAAUAUGAUUGAAAAAGCUGCAGAUGAGGAAAUGAUUGAAAACAUUGAUGAAACUGAGAAGCAAGUAGGAGGAGACGACCCGAUCUUGAUUUACAGAACAGAAGUGAAGCCUAAAUGGCAUGAUAUGAAAGAAAAUGCACCGAGCUCAAAGAUUGUUGAUCAUCUUAACGUCACAGCUCGGAGGACCUCAAAGAGACAGCCUCUCAAAGACUUGAGGAACAACUAG